AUGGGUCGAAGGAAUGUCAGAUUUCCGCACCGGUCAAACGGCGACCUGGCACGACGGCCAAGUAUCUCAGAAAUGAGCGAUGGCCAGUCUGAUCCCGGGAGUCCAACUCAAGCCGCAAACCAUUUGCAAGGAGACGUGAUUCAGGAGGAGAAAUCGGAUGCCCCGGCUCUCUCGGACUACGAAAAGAAGAAACAAACCUUCAUCACUCGAACAAUAUGGACAUUUGUCAUGAUUGCAGGGUUUUUCAGCGCCAUGUUCUCCGGUCACAUAUACCUCGUUGCUAUUGUGACCGCUGUUCAAAUCAUCUCUUUCAAGGAGGUCAUCGCCAUCGCAAACGUCCCCAGCCGAGAUAGAAAUCUGCGCUUCACCAAGUCUCUUAACUGGUAUUUCCUGGCAACUACGAUGUACUUCUUAUACGGAGAGAGCGUGAUCUACUAUUUCAAGCAUAUCUUAUUGGUAGACAAAGUGCUUCUGCCAUUCGCAACUCAUCAUCGAUUCCUUAGCUUCAUGCUGUAUGUCAUGGGCUUUGUAUUUUUCGUGGCUACUCUGCAAAAAGGACACUACCGCUUUCAAUUCACCCAAUUCGCAUGGACUCAUAUGGCACUUUACCUCAUCGUCGUACAGGCGCAUUUCAUUAUGAACAAUAUCUUCGAGGGCAUGAUUUGGUUCUUCUUACCGGCUUCUCUGGUCAUCACAAAUGACAUCUUUGCAUACGUUUGCGGCAUUACGUUUGGACGGACACAGCUGAUUAAGCUUUCCCCAAAGAAGACAGUCGAGGGCUUCAUUGGUGCAUGGAUUUGCACCAUUAUCUUCGGCUAUUUUAUGACGAACAUCCUGAUGCGGUACAAAUAUUUCACUUGCCCCGUGACCGACCUCGGCUCUAGCGUUUUGACGGGGUUGGAAUGCACACCUAACCCGGUGUUUAUCCCCAAAAACUACUAUCUCCCUAACUGGCCUCUUCUACCAAAAUCCAUCUAUGUUGCACCGAUGCAAUUUCACAUUCUCGUCUUCGCGUCUUUUGCAUCUUUGAUCGCACCCUUUGGCGGAUUCUUUGCAUCUGGCUUGAAACGUACCUUCAAGGUCAAGGACUUUGGAGAGUCCAUCCCAGGACACGGUGGUAUCACUGAUCGCAUGGACUGUCAAUUCAUUAUGGGAUUCUUCGCAUUCAUGUAUUAUCAUAGCUUCAUCGCUGUGUAUACGGCCAGCGUUGGCGAUGUCAUCGAGACCGCAAUCAAUGGGUUGACUGUAGAAGAACAGCUCGAGGUUGUCCGUGGUCUCGGCAAGUAUCUGUACAACCAAGGGAAAGUCUCGGCAAGUGUUCUCGAAUGUCUGAAUGGCGAGCUCUUGAAACGAUAG